AUGCCAAUUUCAGCUCGCCGCACCUCCGCGUGCCUCCGCACCACCGCGUACCACCCUGCCUCCAACGGCUUGGUGGAGCGUUUGCAUCGGCAUCUCAAGCAAGCCCUGAUGGCCCGCGGCGCGCCCCAGCACUGGACCGAGAACCUGCCGCUGGUCCUCCUCGGCAUUCGCGCGGCCUUGAAGACUGACAUCCAGUGUUCCUCCGCGGAAUUGGUAUACGGCACUACCAUCCGCCUACCUGCUGACGUGUUUCAAGUCUCCCCCCUGCCGCCCGAUGCCCCCUUUGACUACGUGCGCCGUCUACAAUCUACACUCUCCCGCCUUCAUCCUACGGCUACCCGCCCUCCCCCGCCGUCGCCGGGAUACCUUCCCAAGGCUCUAUCUGAAGACUCCCACAUUUUCCUCCGCGUGGACAGGCUUCGACGGGCUCUUCAGGCCCCAUAUUCCGGCCCGCACAAAGUGCUCCGUCAUGGCACGAAGACCCUCGUCAUCGACCUCAACGGCAAGCCGGAAACGGUGUCCAUAGACCGCACCAAGCCAGCCUUCAUCGACGCGCCCUCCGUGCAGGCCUUCGACACGCCUCUUCCAUCGGGCCCGGUGUCCCCCGCCUCGCGCCCUAAAAAGUCCAUUUCCUGGGCUCCCUUGCCUCGGACAAUCCUUCCAGUCCCCCCGAGGGGGAGGGUAGUUUGUAGUGAUCCAAGAGACAAUGAAGUGCUGACUACAGCACGCUCACGCUUCUGGAGCCCGUGCUCCGAAUAA